GUUGUAGAAGAAUAUAAAUAUGCAUUUAAUCUGGUCCUUAUAACAAACAUUGAGUUGUUAUACAUUUUAUUUAUUAGUUGUGUACCUUUUAAUAUAGUGUUAGCUGUAAAAUCGUUCAAUUGCAUUAAUGUUAAGUAAUAUAGUUAAGUAUAAAUACUUUUGACUAAAAGUGCGGUGUGUUUGUAUAAAAUAAAAAAACAAGGGCGUUCGUUGAUCGACCUUAAUGACCGGUUCCUGGAACGGGUAGUUCUUACCAUUGACAGGCUUUUGGCAGCAACCAGUUUUUGACGGCAGUACUUAGAUAUUAUACAUCGUGUGGCAUUGAACGUCAAUAAACGAUCAUGGCGAACACGACUGACAGCCACUUCAUUGUGGAAGCCAAAAAUCAGUUUUUCAACUUAUUGGAAAAAGAAUUAGUAUUCGAUGACGAAGUCGAUUCAUGGUUUUUAAUGAAAUCGCCGGUGCCGGUGUUUUCAAUUGUAGCCGUUUAUUUAUUGUUCAUCUUAAAAAUCGGUCCAGAUAUGAUGAAGAACCGCGAACCAUUCCGACUCAAACACAUAAUGUUAGUUUACAAUCUUUUUCAAACAACUUAUAAUGCAUUUAUACUGUAUUGGUUAUUUUUUACACCCGGAGGAUUGUCUAGCUUGUGGAAUCAUUCGUGUCAUCCAAUUGAAAGAAGUAAAAAUACAUUCUUAUUACAAGAGUUGAAUAAAGGUUCGUGGUACUUUUUCAUCUCCAAAGUCAUUGAUUUGUUGGAUACGAUAUUUUUCGUUUUAAGAAAAAAACAGUCCCAAGUUACAUUUUUACAUGUAUACCAUCAUUCAAACAUGGUCAUUACGUGUUGGGCAUAUUUAAGGUUUAUCAAAGGCGAACAAGCAACAUUACCCGGAGGAAUCAAUUCAUUUAUCCAUACUGUCAUGUACUUCUAUUACUUCCUAGCGGCCUUAGGCCCACAAAUGCAACCUUAUUUAUGGUGGAAGAGAUAUUUGACUAGAAUGCAAAUUAUUCAAUUUGUAAUUGUUUUACUCUGGUAUAUUGGACUAGUCUGUUUUAACUGUGAUUAUCCGAAAAUUUACAUUUAUUACAUGUUUGCGAAUGUAACUCUUUUCCUAUACUUAUUCUCGUUGUUCUACAAAAAAACGUACACCAAAAGCCCGAAAACGGUAAAAUCGAAUUAAAUAUUAAAAAAAAACACAUAGUUAUUGUAAUAGAUAUUCAAAAUGAAUGUAUAAUAUUUAUGUAUGAGAGAGUGAUAUAUGAAUAUAUUAAGUGUUCUAUUUUUACAAAACAUUACAGGUAAAUAUGUUAAAUGUUUGAAGUUUAGUUUCUGUAAAUAAGUAUAACUUAUUAAUUUAUUAUGUAUAAAUAUCAAAAAUAAGAUGUACUACAUCAAGUAUAUAAAGUAAAUUAUUAAAUUAUUUUAAAUACAUUAUUA